AUGCCUGAAGCGCUUGUGGCGCUGGCCAUCGACUCGGGCCUCCUCAACAUGACCAUUGAUGGCUCGCCAUCCGCAGUCUGUACGGUCAUACCACGAUCGAGUCCACCCAUCUGCUCCUGCCAUUUCUGCUGCUGCUUCUUGUACAUCCGCCGCCGGGCCCACAGGUACACCGAUAUUGCGACCAGCCCGGCGCCGGCUACAGAUGCGCCCAAACCGAUCCCCACAAUCUUGCCCGUGCUGAGACCCGGUGGCAUCAUGUCCGAGUUCUCGGUCUCGCUCGUGCUUGGGACGGGAAGGGCGCCAGCGAAUGCACUGGAGGCUGAAAUGCUGCUGCUUGUAGAGCCUGCGGUCGAGGCCAAGGAUGUCGAGGUCGCCGUGGGCAGACCGGUCGACACUACCAGGGUCUCACUGCUGCUGGUGGUGCUGGUACUGGUGAGUACCGAUUGUGAGAUCUGCGGUGUCUCCGCUGAGGCGAUAGAAGUGGUCGGUGUUGAGGAUGGCGUCGACGAUGAAGUGAUGGCAAGCGGCGGCGUCAGCACAGUGCGAGACAAUGAUGACGUGGUGACGGAGGAAGAUGAUUCGGUCGUUGAAAUCGGAGGCGAUUGUUGCGUCGAGGGUGGUGACCCGCCCCCAACUAAAGAAGAGGAAGAGGUGCAAUCUUCAGGGCUGGAUGCUUGUGGCUGUGGCACCGCCGCUGCAAGCAGUUCGAACUUGGCUGCAGGCUGA